AUGGGUUUCCUAUGGUCCCAACUCUUCGUCAGGUUACCAUACCCCACGAAAUCUUUCGCCGGGCAGACCAUCAUCGUGACAGGGUCCAAUGUCGGCCUGGGGAAAGAAGCAGCCCGUCAUCUUGCUCGUCUAGGAGCCUCGAAAGUGAUCCUCGCCGUCCGCAACACCGCGGCCGGAGAAGAAGCCAAACAGGACAUUGAGAAGACCACACGAUGCGCCCCAUCCGUGAUCGAAGUCUGGCCUCUCGAUCUCAUGUCCUUCGACUCAGUCAAAGCCUUGGCGACUCGUGCGUCAAACCUCCCUCGUAUUGACGUCCUGCUCGAAAAUGCCGGCAUGGCAGCUAUCGACUUCAAACUUGCCGAAGGUCACGAACGCUCCAUCACCGUCAACGUCAUCAGUACAUUCCUCCUCGCAUUCCUGUUGCUACCCAAGCUCAAAGCCACGGCCAAAGAAUACAAGAUCGAACCCCGCAUCACCAUCGUUUCCAGCGGAGCCCACGGCCACACCACAUUCCUCGAAAGGACGGCCCCCAAUGUAUUUGAGCUCAUUAGGGACCCGUCCAAGGCCAACAUGAGGGAUCGAUACCCGUUGAGCAAACUGCUCCAAUUGCUGACUAUUCAUACCAUCCCUCCCCGGCUCGCCGGCUCCGGGGUGAUUCUCAACUACGUUAACCCGGGCCUUUGUCAUUCGAAACUCUCGCGUGACGCGCCCAUCAUGAUGGAAAUCUUCAAGUUCUUCCUCGCGCGCUCGACCGAGGCGGGCAGUCGGACGUUGGUGGCAGCUGCCGGGGCCGGGCCAGAGUCGCAGGGCAAAUAUAUAGAUGACGCGAAGAUCGAUGAUGGGGCGUUGUCGCCCUUUGUCCGGAGUGAGGAGGGCAAGGAGACAGCGGAGAAGAUUUGGAAUGAGUUGAGGGAGAUUUUGGAGAAGAUCCAACCGGGGGUCACGAAGAAUAUUUGA